GUUUUCAAAAGUAUUAAAUUCCAAAGCAGCUAUAGUCAGAACCAGAGCAAAAAUAAACUGCUCCCCGCCUUCUUCUAGAAGCAGUAAUUUCGCUUUGGUCAGAGCACAGUGUCCCGGGUGUUGGAACUCAAGGUAUACAAGAUAACAAACUAUUGUGAAAAUGGCAGAUUCUUGGCAAGAGUGCAUGGAGUUAGGGAUCUCUAUUGCAAGGAAUGCUGGAAAGGUGAUUUGUAAAGCUCUACAUAAUGAACAAUCAGUGAUGUUAAAAACAUCCCCUGCUGAUCUGGUAACUGAGACUGAUCAAAAGGUGGAGAAAAUGAUUAUCUCUGCAAUCAAAGAAAAGUUUCCAACUCACAGUUUUAUUGGAGAAGAGUCAGUGGCAGCCGGAGCAGAAUGUGUACUGACAGACAACCCAACUUGGAUAAUCGACCCCGUUGAUGGAACCACCAACUUUGUGCACAGAUUUCCAUUCGUGGCAGUAUCUAUUGCAUUUGCUGUCAACAAAGUGACUGAAUUUGGAAUUGUUUACAGCUGUAAAGAGGAUAAAAUGUACACCGCAAGGAAAGGGAAAGGAGCAUUUCUUAAUGGUGUGAAGUUAAAUGUCUCCGGGCAGACAGAUAUAACCAAAUCCCUUGUAAUAACUGAAGUGGGACCUGAACGAGACCCUAAGAUAUUGAAGACACUCUUUACAAACCUAGAAAAGCUUCUGAACAUUCCAAUUCAUGGUUUCCGUGCUGUUGGCACAGCAGCAACAGAUGUGUGUUUUGUAGCUGCUGGAGAAGCUGAUGCCUAUUAUCAUAUUGGAUUGCACUGCUGGGAUAUAGCUGCAGCUGGUAUAAUUGUUACAGAAGCUGGUGGUGUCUUGAUGGAUACAGAUGGAGGACCAUUUGAUAUGAUGUGCCGAAGAAUCAUUGCAGCAAGCAGCAGGGCUGUUGGAGAAGCCGUGGCAAAACAUAUUAGGGCUUUUCCAUGUGCAAGAGAUGAUGAGCAGAUUGGUGUACAUGCCAAUGGAAACUAGUUUAUGGUAAAGUGGGGGUGGAUGCUCAGAAUUUGUAUUGUAGAAUGACCACUACAUGUAAAGCUACAUCCAAACGUUUUGCAUCAUGUAAAAUCUUAGGAUUGAGACAUAAUUGAAAAGAAAAUGUAUAUAUGAACAUCAUUUAGAUCUUUUAUUUAACAUAAUGUAAUCAAAGAAACUACAAAAUCAUACCACGAACGUCUACUGGAAGCCAUAAUAGUAGUACAGGAUUUGAUGUUAGAGGUUUUCGUUAAGUAUAUGGAAAACUACAAUGUGGUAUGUAAUUCAGUACAUUAAAGUAACACUAUUUCAGCAGGUUUCAUUCAACUUUAUGAAGCAAAAUGAGUUAAUUCUAUAGUUUGAUGCAAAACUUUCAGCCAUAGCUGUAAACUUAUUUGAGACUAAUAGCCGAAUAGCAAAACUUGUCUGCAGUGUUCGUUUGAGAAUGAACUUGUAUCAUAAAAUCAAGGUUUAUAUUUAAGUUUGUGUGAGCAGCUAAACAAAGCUGAUCAGAACAAAAAGGUAUAAUAUUUGUUUUCCUUCUCUCAACCCAUUGGUUAAUAUUUCCUAUUACAAAACACCAGGCAUCACAAAAUAUUGAUAAUGAAACAUGAAUUUGCUAACGGACAAGAAAAAACAAAAAGGAGAUGGGGAAAUUCAAGAAAACAGGGACUCCAUGUACCCCUCAUUUUACAAAAAAAAAAAGCAUGUACUACACCUGAUGAGUUUUCAAUAAAAAGACAUAAUUCAUGAAAAAAGAUAUGCAACAUUAACAUUCAAUAGAAAACUACAACCCCCACACUGAAACAAACAAAGAAAUCACAGAAUGAUGUAUGAGGACUAAUAAUCCACUCUGUUCUGUAAUUUGACUAGUUCUGUAGUAUCUUGGACUAUAACUUUACCUUGGGGAAGGUAGUGAUGCAAAAUGAAUGCUAAUCAGGGAUUGUGAAAACAUCUGCAAGUCAAAAACUGUGUUAUUUUAAGGUAUUGUAAAGAUCUGUGCAUAUUUGUGUUGUACUGUAAUUCCCGUUGUAAUUGUGUUCCCUCCUCACUCUGUAUUUCCCAUCGCUUGUUUUGUUUACCUCUUGUCUGUGUCUGUGUAAUCCUGGCCUGUGCUUGAACAUGUUCUGUGUCUUCCCUGUGAUUGGUCCUGUCUCUCUGUAUCAGUCUUGUGGUGCAUGGUUUGUGGCUCCCCUGUGAUUGGUCCUCUGUCUGUCCGUGUCAGUCGUGCUGCACAUGGUCUGUGUCUUCCCUGUGAUUGGCCCUGUCUGUGAGUCACUGUUUUUGCACAUGUUCUCUGUGUUCCCAUUGGCCUGAAGCGUGCGACUGAGGACCAAUGGGAUGUGUAAGUUAUUUUAGGGCUGCUGUUGUUGUUGUGUUCUGGUUGCCAUGGUUCCUGUAUUCUGUGCGUGUAACCUGAGAAGCUGACAGAGCUGUGUGUGGAGAAUGGUGUGCUGAAUAAAGCAUUGAGAAGAAACUAGUGUCUCUACUGUUUUCUGCCAUCCCUGCUGAAACGCUACAGUAUGAUGGUAUUGGGUUUUUGUAAAAUGCAGACAAUUUAAAUGUCAAACAUCAAAUAAAUUGUUGUCAUGAAAAUUAAUUAUCAUGAAUGAUAUUGUAGCAAGCACGGGAAUUACUGGAGACACACACCAAGGAUCUCAGAUCAUUGCAGUUUAUUAGGAAGCUACAGCAAAUCAGCACUAUCCACACACUCAAACACAUACACAUAGACAGCCCUUCCCCACCCCAGAGCACUACUCCGCCUCUCAAGGUGACAUCCACAUAUUCAAAACUAUCCUGCUCGCCUACAGUGCCCUUCAACACACAGGUCCCAAGUACCUCCUCAACCUGCUGACCCGCUAUGUCUCUGCCCGCAAGCUGAGGUCCUCUGAUUCUGGCCUGCUUGUUAUCCCCAAGCAAAAGUGCACCACACUUGGAGAACACUUGUUUAGCUUCAUGGCUCCGACUCUGUAUUAUGAUACUAUUAAGUAUUAUGCACUUUCCACUGUAUUUAAUGUGUUAUGCAUUUUUUUGUAAUACUGUAUAGCAUGUAUUAUGCAUUUCUUGAUUUUCUUGUUACUGCAUCUUGUAAAGCACUUUGUGAUGGUGGUCCACUAUGAAAUGCGCUAUAUAAAAUAAAGACUGAU